GCCUGAGCCAGGCCUGUACAGUUGCCGGGGCGACCGUGAGGCGGGCCUGGCGUUGGAGCGAGCAGCGGCUUGAGGUGCCGACCCUGGAGGAGACAAGAUGGGGUUGAAGUCUGCGCAAGUUGCCUUCUUUCCCAUCUGCAGCAUUGAAGAUGUGGUCAAGCUGUUUGGGUCCGAGCUGGAGAGGGACGAGCCGGACCUGACCCUCCUGUCCCUGGUGCUGGGCUUUGUGGAGCACUUCCUGGCCGUCAACCGAGUGGUCCCCAUCAACGUGCCCGGAUACAGCUUUGACGGCAGCUCGGAGCAGGGCGACGAGUCCAGGACAUGUUUCCCCCACGUGGACCUGCUCCAGAUCAGAGCGCUGCACGCCAGAUUCACCACCAUGAUCCGGGGAGCGGUCGACCGCUCGCUUUACCCACACAAAGAGGGUUACUCCAGCCGGGAGCUGGUGAAGAAGGUGUCUGACGUGAUCUGGAACAGCCUGAGCCGCUCCUACUUCAAGGACAGGGCACACAUCCAAUCCCUGUUCAGCUUCAUCACAGGCACGAAGCUCGAUAGCUCGGGCGUGGCGUUCGCGGUGGUGGCGGCGUGCCAGGUGCUGGGGCUCCGCGAUGUCCACUUGGGCCUGUCCGAGGACCACGCCUGGGUGAUCUUCGGCGAAAACGGCGAGGAGACGGCAGAGGUGACCUGGCACGGCAAAGGGAACGAGGACAGGCGAGGGCAGACGGUGGCCGCCGGCGUGGCUGAGAGGAGCUGGCUGUACCUCAAGGGCUCCUACUUAAAAUGUGAUCGCAAGAUGGAGGUGGCCCUCAUGGUGUGCGCCAUCAACCCAUCGAUCGACCACCACACGGACAGCGUGGAGCUGUUGCAGCUGCAGCAGCACCUCCUCUGGCUGCUCUACGACCUGGGACAUCUGAAAAAGUAUCCCAUGGCCCUGGGAAACCUGGCAGAUCUGGAGGAGUUGGAACCAAUGCCGGGGAGACCAGAUCCACUCACUCUUUUUCAUGAGGCCAUCGCCUCAGCCAAGGUUUACUACAACAACGAGCACAUCUACCCCUACGUCUACCUGGCCAGCUUCUUCUGGCGCAACAGGAAUGUGAAGGAUGCCCUCGUCUCCUGGGGUGAUGCAGCCACCGUCAUUCAAGAUUACAACUACUGCCGUGAGGACGAGGAGAUUUACAAAGAGUUCUUCGACAUCGCCAACGAUAUCAUCCCCAACAUAAUCAAGGAGAUGGCGAGUGCGAUCGAGGCGUCUGAAGAGCACGGGGACGGUGAAACGGAGGGCCAGCACGGGUGCCCCCUGUCCAACACUGCUCUGCAGGAUCCAGAGAGCUUUGCCCAGCUCCUGCGCUUCUACGACGGCAUCUGCAAGUGGGAGGAAGGCAGUUCCACGCCCGUCCUCCACGUGGGCUGGGCCACCUUCCUCGUCCAAUCCAUCAGCAAGUUCGACGGGCAGGUCCGGCACCAGGUGACCAUCAUCGUGAAGGACACGGAGAGCAACGAGGACGAGGACCAGCACAGCGACGACUCGCGCGAGGCUCGGCGACGGGGCCCACGCCGCGAAUCCAAGGCCGAGGAGCCGCCCCUCGCCAAGAAGUUCCAGCCCGAGAAGCUGAUGGAGCGGCGACGCUCGGCCCCCAGCCAGCGGGCGGACCCCGGCCCCGUCUCCGUCUCCGUCUCCGUCUCCGCCCCGCAGGCCCUCGCCGCCCCCACUGGGCCCUGCGUCACCUUCCACAGCGAGAAGAUGAAGGGGAUGAAGGAGCUGCUCACCGCCCUGAAGAUCAACUCCAGCGCCAUCAAACUGCAGCUCACCGCGCAGUCACAGGUCCAGAUGAAGAAGCAGAAGCUCAGCUCCGCCAGUGACUACACCCUGUCCUUCCUCAAGAGGCAACGCAAGUCCCUCUGACA